AUGGCAUCUGCUGAGCCGCAGGAAACACUGGGAACAAAAGUUGACAUGACAGCUGACAGAAAUGCAACUUUAAACGCUCCUGUACUUACUGGAAACACCAUAGCAGGUCCAAUACACAUCAGCUAUGUCAUGCCCCCUGGAGGAAAUACCAUAGAGCGACAAGAAUCCAUAGAGAAGACAGGAAAACAAUCAGAAGUACAGUGCCAUGCAGAGACCUUUGGAGAGGCAGGUGCUCAAGACGGCAUUCGUAAUCGCAUUUUGCGCUCGCAUUCUAGCUGGCAAAAAUGCCUUUCCAGGGCAUUUAGUGAAAAGGGCACUUUGGGCAUCAAAAAGGUCACUUUGGGCAAAGGGGCAGGGUCUCAGGAACCCUCGCCAAAGCCCCCCCCCCCACGCAUGUUCCCGCUGCAUUCAUUGGGACAAAAUACUACAAAGAGAAAGAUUGUUAUGACCAAAGGCAUCACUGGUAUUGGAAAAACCGUCUCUGUGCACAAGUUCAUUCUGGACUGGGCUGAGGGAAAAGCCAAUCAGGAUAUAGACGCCAUGUUCCUGCUUCCAUUCCGAGAAAUAAAUUUGAUCAAAGAAGAAAAGAUCAGCACGCAUCAGUUUCUGAGUAAAUUUUAUCCUGAACUGAAAAAACUGGAAAAAACAAAUUUAUAUAAGAAGUAUAAUCUUGCAUUUAUCUUUGAUGGACUUGAUGAGAGUCGACUGCCUUUCAAUUUUGAAAGUGAAAUGGUGACUGAUGUUGAUGAAAAAUCAACUGUGGAUGAAUUGUUCACAAGUCUCAUCAAAGGUCAUCUGCUUCCAUCAGCUCUUGUCUGGGUGACCUCACGACCAGCUGCAGCCAAUCAAAUCCCUUCAGAGUAUGUAGAUUUGUUCACAGAGGUUCAAGGAUUCACUGACCAACAGAAGGAAGAGUACUUCAGAAAGAGAAUCAAAGAUGAGUCUCAGGCCUCCAGAAUUAUCUCACACAUCAAGACAUCUCGAAGUCUCUACAUCAUGUGUCACAUCCCUAUGUUCUGUUGGAUCAUGGUUAUUGUUCUUCUGAAAACUCUUGAGGACAACACAGAGGACAUUCCCACGACGCUCACUGAAAUGUACAUCCACUUCUUUCUGAUACAGAUGAACAUGAAGAACAGGAAACAUGAUGCAAAAGUUGAAAGAAACUAUACAAAGUUGUUGGAUUCAGAUAAAACAAUGGUUGUGAAAUUGGCCAAGCUAGCUUUUGAACAACUAAAGGAAGAAAAAACUGUGUUCGAUGAGGAAGAGCUGAAAAAGUGUGGCAUUGAUGUGAGUGAAGACUUGACUGAGUCCACAGGAAUGCUCACCGAGAUCUACAAGAAAGAAGCCGGACUUCAUGAGGUGAAGGCAUUCUGCUUUGUCCAUCUGAGCGUCCAAGAGUUCCUCGCUGCGCUACAUGUGUUCCUCAAUUACCUCAACAAGAACCUGGAGGCACUUCAGUUUUUUUUUGAAAAGCCUUUCUUCGAAAAAAGGGACCAACGUGAACUUCGAAUGCUGUUUAGAAUGGCCACCAAAAAACUUGAUUUGCACAAUUUACUCAACAAUGCUGUUGAUAAAGCAAUCCAGAGUGAGACCGGACAUUUAAACCUUUUUCUAAGGUUUCUUCUGGGCCUUUCUCUGGAAUCCAAUCAGAAACUUCUGAAUGGUAUGUUUAGUAAGAUAAAGUGCAGAGCAGAGAGCAUCGCAAAAGUUCAAGAGCACAUUAAACAAUUACUAAACAACAACAUCUCAGCUGAAGCUUCGGUCAACCUGUAUUACUCUCUACUUGAGCUAAAAGAUAAAUCAUUACACGAGGAAAUCCAGCAAUACCGGAGUUCAGGCAGAAAUUCAGGAAGAGAACUCUCAGCUUCAAUGUGUUCAGUGCUGACCUACUUACGGCUGAUGUCAGAGGAGGUGAUGGACGAGUUCAACAUAAGGACGUACAACACAUCACCUGCAAACUACAUGAGACUAAUCCCAGCUUUGAGAUGCUGCAGAAAAGCCAUAUUGUCCGGCUGUAAUCUUACUUCUGAGUGUUGUGAAAGUGUAGCAUCAGCUCUACAAUCAUCAAACUCUCCUCUGAUAGAACUGGACAUGAGUCACAAUAAUCUGCAGGAUUCAGGAGUGAAGGUUCUUUCUGAUGAACUGAAGAGCCAAACCUGUAAAUUGGAGACAUUGAGGUUGUCUGACUGUAUGGUGACAGAGGAAGGCUGUUCUUAUCUGGCCUCAACUCUGAGGUCAAACCCCUCACACAUCAGAGAACUGGAUCUGAGCUACAAUAAUCCAGGAGUCUCAGGACUGAGGCAAAUCUCAGAUCUAAUGAAAGAUUCACAUUGCAAACUGGAGAAACUCAAAUUGAGAGCCUGUGAUCUCAGUGAUGAGUGUUGUGAAAGUGUAUCAUCAGCUCUACAAUCAUCAAACUCAUCUCUGAGAGAACUGGACAUGAGUUACAAUAAUCUACAGGAUUCAGGAGUGAAGAUGAUCUCUGAUGGAUUGAAGAGCCCAAACUGUAAACUGCAGAUACUGAGAUUAACAGACUGUAAACUCACUCCUGAGUGUUGUGAAAGUGUAUCAUCAGCUCUACAAUCAUCAAACUCUCAUCUGAGAGAACUGGACAUGAGUUUUAAUAACCUACAGGAUUCAGGGGUGAAGCUGAUUUCUGAUGGACUGAAGAGCCCAAACUGUAAACUGGAGAUGUUGAGAUUAACUUACUGUAAGGUGACAGAGGAAGGCUGUUGUUGUCUCGCUUCAGCUGUGAAGUCAAACCCCUCACACAUAAGAGAACUGGAUCUGAGCCUAAAUCAUCCAGGAGCUGAAGGAAAGAAGCUGCUCUCUGAGCUACUGGAAGAUCCAGACUGCAGACUGGAGAAACUCAGGUUGUGUGGCUCUGAGUAA